AUGUCACAAGUCGGACGACGACCGGACGGCCUCCCCGAAGGCUACCUCGCAAUCCUAAAAGACAGACGCAGAGCCCUCGUUGUUGGGAUGGGUGAAGUCAGAAUGAUCCGCUUCAACCAAGCCCCCGCAAUCGGCACGUACGGGUUGGGCUCCUGCUCCGUCGUGGCAGUCUGGUCUGCGGACGCCGCGAUCCUCGCACACAUUCCCCCAAACCCCAGCAACCUUAACCUGGACAGCCGAGUCAGUGAGGAGAAUGUGCGCGCCAUGAUGCGUGAAGUGAAACGGAUCCGCGAUGAGAACUCCUAUCUCUUUCCGACCGCCGGCACAACUAUUAUCUGUGGUCGGUGGUGGCACGAAGGACCGCCCAUGUCAGGCUUCGAGACAAUGGCCAACGGCGCCAGGCUUCUGCCUGACCAAGUCGACAUCAUGAAGCGCGCCUUGACGGAGAUGGGUUACGGCCAUGAGAUCAUCGAGUACAAUGUGCCUCCGAACCGUACGGGCAUGGGAGCUGGUACGGCGAUCGUUGUCAAUCGCGGACCUGGACAAAGGGUUGCUGUGUAUUUGGAUGACCAGAUUGUUGUUGGCAGGUAG